AUAUAUAUAUCUAUAAAUUGUCUAUAGUUAACGGUUAACAAGUUCCGUGAGUACUGAGUAGUGAGUGCUGACUAGUGACUACUGAGUAAUGAGUAUUGUCUACAGUGACUAUUUACUCUGUAACUAUUAACUUUAAUUUACGUCUUACUGUCUUGACAAUUAACUCGUUUAACUCUAUAGUAUUAUUAGUUUCAGUUUAAAUUUAGACAAGAUUUGUAGUAUUAUAGUAUUUUAAUAUUUAUGAAAUUUAAAUAUUGUAAUAUUGUGAAUUAUACUUGUUUUUAUAACUAAUUUUUAAAGCCCAGUUUUGAAAUUUAGUAAGUAAAUAUAUUAAAAUUGAAAUAUAUUUUUAAAUAUAUCUAUACCACCAAAUAAAAUGGCAUCAAAAUUAAAAACUACAGAUACAGAAAAAUUAAAUAUGGGAAUGAAAUCAAUAGUAAGUGAAUUUAAAGUCAGCUGUGAUAAAGUCAAACAAUUGAAAGACAACAAUGAGUUGUACAAUCAAAUGGAAUAUAUUGUCAACACAUUAUCCAUUGAGGGAGAAAACAAAAACUAUGCUACAAAUAUUUUAAAUUUCAAAGAAUCUGUGGAAAAUGAAAAAUUAUUUUAUUCAAAUAAGACUGGAAGUUCUCUUAAUUUUUUAUCUAAAAAUGAACAGUUAGAAUAUGCAGCAAAUAUUCUACAAGAAACUGGUAUUGGUGAUUAUAAUGCAAAUAGCAUAUUCACUAAAUAUUUAUCAAUUAUUGAAAAAUGUAAUAAACAAAAAGAAUUAAUUGAUGAUAUUGAUGAAUAUUUAAAUAAAUUAAAAAUAGUGAUUGAACAACAAAAUGAUCUUAAAUGUGAAUUAUCUAAUAUCAAUUAUUCACCUGUAGGCUAUAUAGCUGAACCUAUUAACAUUAAAUCAAUUGAUAGUAUACAAACGGUGGACAACUGUGAUGCAAUAGUGAAGUUGGUGAAAAAAAUAACUGACAUUGAAAAUAAACAAGAAAAAAUCUGUUCUGAAACUUCUGAAUUAAAAGCUACACAGAAAAAAAUAUACCACGGAUUACCACCUAAUAUGGAUCAAGCAUUAAUGGCAGUACAAAUAGCAGAGCAAACAAUGAAGUCCAUUACUAAAAAAUUAAUGGAGAAACUUUAAUUAAUAUAAUGUUGUUAGUGAUCUUCUUUAACACAAUGUAUUAAAUAAUGUUAUUUUUAUUACUUAUUUACUUUUGUUGUAAUUAAAAUGUAUACUAUAUUUAUAUAAUCUAGGAUUUCAUAACAUAUAAUAAUUAUUGUAUUUAUUUAAUAAUAUAUUUCAAUUUAUGUAAUUUUGUAAUUACUUUUAUUAUUUUUAGUAACAAUAAAUGUAUAUAUAUUAUUUUUUUUUAACUGUAUAUCAAUCAAU